AUGGGCCGAGAUGGCAGGCGGAUCAACACACCCAAUGGGUAUUGUCUUUGGAAUGGUCAACACUUGACACCAUUCACCGCAGGGGUUCCAGGCCGUGUGGCCAUGUGUCCCAAAGACGCAGUGAUCAGCCUUUGGAUAGACACACCUGAAGGCAAGGUCAAACAAUUUGGUGAAAUCCUCAGCAUCUUUAAGCAUACCAGGAGGCCUUCUGAGCUUGAGGUGGUAACCGGCGAUUAUCUUCAUCUCAAAAUCUUCACAGAGGUCCCUAUUGAGAAAGGAAACCCCUUCAAAAGAUUGAACUUACCAGAGACGCAGGGUCAUCUCUGCUACUAUAGGGUUCGAACUUCUGUCAUGAUAGAUCCAGCCCAAUUCAUUGCUCAUUGCGGAUACGUAAAGUACAAGCCUGGAGAGUGUGAUCCACAAUGUCUUGUUGAAACAAUUGGCCUGAUCACUUUGAACUGUGAAUGA